CUUCCUCUGCCGGCCGGAAAGCGCCGCGUGUUCCGCAGCCAUGGAGUACCUGCCGGCGCCCGCGGCCCCGGCGCAGGGACACAUCCUGUGCUGCCAGUGCGGCGUCCCCAUCCCGCCCAACCCGGCCAACAUGUGCGUGGGCUGCCUGCGGGCCCAGGUGGACAUCACCGAGGGCAUCCCCAAGCAGGGCACGGUGCACUUCUGCAAGCAGUGCGAGAGGUACCUCCAGCCUCCAGGAACCUGGAUCCAGUGUGCCCUGGAAUCGAGAGAGCUCCUGGCUUUGUGUCUGAAGAAAAUCAAAGCUUCCCUGAGCAAGGUCCGGCUGAUUGAUGCAGGAUUCAUUUGGACAGAACCACAUUCCAAGAGGCUCAAGCUCAAAUUGACUGUUCAGAAAGAGGUGAUAAAUGGGGCAGUUCUGCAGCAGGUGUUUGUGGUGGAGUACGUUGUUCAGUCUCAGAUGUGUGAAGACUGUCACAGGAUUGAAGCCAAGGAUUUCUGGAAAGCUGUGGUGCAAGUCAGGCAGAAGACUGUGCACAAGAAGACUUUUUACUAUUUGGAGCAGCUGAUUUUGAAGCACAGGCUCCAUCAAAACACACUAAGAAUCAAGGAAAUCCACGAUGGCCUGGAUUUUUAUUACUCUUCCAAGCAACAUGCCCAGAAGAUGGUGGACUUCCUUCAGUGUACAGUUCCAUCCAGAUCCAAAUCAUCCCAGCGUUUGAUCUCCCACGACAUUCACAGUAAUGUCUACAACUACAAAAGCACUUUCUCUGUGGAAAUUGUUCCCAUAUGCAAGGACAACGUUGUGUGUCUGUCACCCAAGCUGGCCCAGAGUCUGGGGAACAUGAGCCAGAUCUGUGUGUGCAUCAGAGUGACCAGCACCAUCCACCUCAUCGACCCCAGAACUCUGCAGAUUGCUGAAAUUGAUGGGAACACCUACUGGCGCCACCCCUUCAACAGCCUGUUCCACCCCAAGCAGCUGGAGGAGUUCAUCAUCAUGGACAUCAACAGGGUCAAUGAGAGGAAAAAAGGUGCUGGGGCAGGGGCUCGGUCAAACAAGCACACUCUGGCUGAAGCCUGGGUCAGGAAAACCUCGGAGCUGGACACAGAUCACCAAUAUUUCUGCUGCACUCACCUGGGGCACAUCCUGAGUCCUGGGGACCUGGUCUUGGGCUUUGACUUGGCCAACUGCAACCUAAAUGAUGAAUUUGCCAACAAGAUGAACCCCCAGCAUAUUCCUGACGUGGUGCUGAUCAAGAAGAGCUACGACCGCUCCAGGCGGCAGCGCCGCAGGAACUGGAAGCUGAAGGAGCUGGAGAGGGACAGGGAAGCCUCAGACACAGAUGAUGAAAGACAAUACCAGGACUUCCUGGAAGAUCUGGAAGAGGAUGAGAACAUAAGGAAAAAUGUCAACAUUUACAGAAAUGCAGAUAUUCCAGUGGAGAGUGACACAGAUGAUGAUGGAGCUCCACGGAUCAGCCUGGCUGAAAUGCUGGAAGAUCUCCACAUUUCCCAGGACGCCACUGGAGGGGAGGGAGCAGAAAUGCUGACAGAAUGAUAUUCCAGAGAAUCAGCAAUUAAAGUUCAAUUUCGGGUGGAAGCAUUGCAAUAUAAAUUCCACAAGUUCCUCCCAUCCCUGAGGGAUCUUUCCAUGCAAUUUCUGCAGUGGAGAAAAUAAGGAAGGAUGUCCAGAGGGAAAGAUUUUAUUCCAGUUUGCUGGAUUUUAGGUAGAGUCCCUACCUACUGUUACAGCUUUAAUUUCUCACAUGGGGAAGGUUUUCCCCAUUUUUUGGCACAAUGGUUUGAAGCCUUUUAUGAUACUGGUAGAUUAUUCCAUAUAUCCAUAUUUGAGGAAGCUCAAGACUAAUUUCUGUUCCCUCACACGAAGAAAACUUCCCUGCAAAGCCCUUGAUCAGAAAGAUUGUAAAAUCCUGUGGAGUGUGAUGAGUAUUGAACUCUAUCCCAUGUCUGGAUCAGUGGAUUAAAAGCAACAUGCUCAGCAAUUAAUUAAUAAACCAGCUAUAAAGGAUUAAAAACCUCUCAA